AUCUGGGGAGAGGAGGAGGAGAUACCCUAUGGUUUUCCUUCGCGGGAUUUAUUUUGCCAGCUCCAAACCUUCUUGUGCUUUAUCUUUAUUUUUUCUUUAGUGACUGAAGGCCUUCAACUUGUCCGGACGGUCCCUCCCCACUCGCAAGGGAGCGUGAGUUUGCUGACCUUGGGUAGGAGCAGUUCCUGGAGAAGAAAGAUGUGGCGGCACCUGCUCAUCUCACCACGGCGGGGCACGUUCACUGAGCAGACAUUUGCUUUAACUUGAAAAGUCCUUCCCCUGGCAAAAUCCACAGCUUGGCGAUAACGUGUUUAAUAGAUCAUUUUACACCUCCGUUGUAGGAUUUGAUGGACUGCCUUUGGGGAUCUUUUCGUGAAGCCUAGCUGGGUUCACUGAGUCAGUGCGCUGUUGAGUUUCCCAUAAAAGGCUUCAUCUGUUGGAUAUUAUGAUUACCUUGGAUCUAUCCCACUGAUAACAUUCUCUUGGAUAUUGUGGAGAUUCUCCUCAAGGGGGUCUUUGCCCAAGUGGAGGUUUAGCAGUGCCGCGUUGGGCUCUCGAAGGCUUUGAUUCCCGGUUAACAGGAGGGUUUAUUUGGAUGCUUCCAAUGAAGGACAUGGAUGGCCCUCGAUCUAGUGGUCUCCGGAAGAAGAGGAAGUCGAGGUCCGAGAGGGAUCGGGAGAGGAGAUCAAAUGGGAUACAGAACAACCACGUGAAGGGCUCCGUGUUUCGCUUCUCCUCUGACUCAGAGCGGGACGGUGACAGGGAGCCCUCGUCGUCCCGACCUCGACCUCCACGAAGAAAGCGGAAGGAGUCUACUUCUGCAGAAGAGGACAUCAUCGACGGCUUUUCCAUCACAGGGUUCGUGACCCUCGAGGCCCUGGAGAAGAACAUGACGCUAAAGCCUCAGGAAGGCAGAGACAGCCAGGCAGGAUCCCUGCAUAAGAAAACCCCUUCUAGGGUUCCCAAUGGCCUGAGCCUGGAGCCCUGCAGGAACAAUUUCCACCACCAGUCCUCAGACCAGGAGAACAACCCCCGCUUGGCUCACUCGCAAGGGAAAAAGAAGAAGCACCUGAACAAGAAACACACGAUGCUGAAGCCAGGGCAGAACAACUGCAAGGACAGCGACAGUGAGAGUGUAAGCGAAGAGUCCAAGCCUUCCUUCAGGAGCAGCUCCAGAGACAGACUGACAGACUGCGACACUGAGAGCGACCAGGACGACAAGGUCUCCGAUGCCAGCUCCGAGAAAUUUUUCAGCACAGCUGCAGUUAAAGUUCCAGAUUUCGGCAUCGAUGUGCUCUCCACCAAUGGCAGCCAGGAGCCUCACGGCCCAGGCCUCCUCAAGGUGUCAGGCCUAGAACGCAGUCAAGAGAGGAGCCAGGAGAGUUGCAGAGACACCCAGCUGCCUGUACCCAGCACCCCCAAUCCACCUUUGUCCCCCCCAACCCUCCCCGUGUCACAGCCCCAACCCCAGCCAUCCAUCCCCCAGACCCCGUCCGCUCUUCGAACCCAGCCAAACGGGCCCACUCAGCCUUUAAACCACCUGCCCCCACGCUCAGAGGCUCUUCCCAGGCCUCAGUCACCCGCAGCCCUGCCUCUUGCCCAGGGCCAAGAGCCCUCACCAACCCCCCCUCCCCGGCACCAGCACCAGCCUGAAGUGCUAUCCCACCCGAGGCCUCCACCUACACCCAGCCUUCACCCACACCCACCAUCUCCCGCCCUUCCGAACCACCACUCUCACCAACAGCACCCCAUCCAGUCAGGGUCUCACCGGCCCCCAUCGCGCUGCCACCCCCGACCCCUUUCUGCCUACAACAGCCUCAGCCUCAACGGCCACAGCAGUAGCAGGAGCAGCACCCCAGGCACCAAGCCCCACGGACCCCCGACGCCCUCCCUGCACCUCCCCCACCACCCACCGCCUCCUCCGGCAGCCGCGGCAGCCUCCACUUUUCCCUUGGCCUUGCCCGCUAACCAGAGUAACCCCCACAGCUUCCCGUCUGCCUUGCAGUCGUCUCCACACCCACACCACCCCAAUAUGUUUGCUCCUCCAGCAGCCUUGCCUCCACCGCCACCAUUGACGUCUAGCACCCUGCCAGUACCCGGACAUCCUGCUGCUGGGAGUGCCUACUCAGGGAUCCCGCUCGGUAGACGUCUUAGAUCUUCAUCUGUAAUCAUAUUUUCACUUUUAAAUGCAGUUUGUGAUGUUUUUUUGUGUGUCGGCCUGAAACAAAAGAGGCCAAUCUUUGUACUUAGCUCUGUUUCAUUUCUCCUACAGUUUGACAAAUAUCCAACAAAAGUCGACCCCUUCUACAGACACAGUCUCUUCCACUCCUACCCUCCAGCCAUGUCUGGCCUUCCCCCUGUCAUCCCCCCCACCGGGCCCUUCAGCUCGCUGCAGGGGGCCUUUCAGCCCAAGACCUCUAAUCCACUGGAUGUUUCCGCAAGACCCGGAGCCGUCCCACACACGUUCUUACAGAAGGACCCCAGGCUAACGGAUCCGUUUCGGCCGAUUCUCAGGAAACCGGGGAAGUGGUGUGCCAUGCAUGUCCAUAUUGCCUGGCAGAUAUACCACCACCAACAGAAAGUAAAGCAGCAGAUGCAGGUCGACCCUCACAAGCUAGACUUCGGCCUCAAGCCCGAGUUUCUGAGUCGACCCCCGGGCCCCAGCCUCUUUGGUGCUAUCCACCACCCCGGCGACUUGGCACGGCCCGCCACGCUUUUCUCCGCUGCAGACUCUCAUAACCUUGUUUGUGCCUGUAGGGACUCUGUUGAAAAGCGUCAUCCCAGCCAUCCGUCCCCGGUCCCCGUCAAUACAAUCAGCCUUCUUAGCCACAACCGACCUCCUGAGCACCACAGGAACCACCUGCCACCUGCUUCUGGAGAGCCUCAGAGGGAGAAGGAGAACAAGGCCAAAGAGAGGGAAAGGGAGCACUCGGAUUCAUGGAAAGACAACGGCACAGACGACCACAAGCUCAAGGACAGCCAGCACAGUGACAAGGACACGCCUGUCAUCCAUGACGGCCGAGCGUCGGAGGACAAAAUGUCAAACAGAGGAUCGGCGUCACCCUAUGUCCGGCAGACCAGCUUGGAACGUCCCAACGGUGGCCUGACGAGGGAUGUCCUGGAGAAGAAGGCGGAGCUGCCAUACGAGCACCAGAAGAAGAGCAGUGAGGUGAAAGUAAAGGAGGAGAGGAAGGAGGAGCAGGAUGGAGGCGCAGAGAGGGCCAGUGAGCACCUGCAACAGGCGUCCUCCACCCCUAAUCUCCACCCUCCCUCCUCAGUGCCUGUGUCCAUGGGCAUGCCCGGCGUCCACCCCAUCAACAGCAUCAGCAGCCUAGAGAGAACUCGAGUCGUGGCGCCCUUUAUGGGUAUCAGUCCCAUCCCAGGAGCUGACAGAUUCCCCUACCCUCCCUUCCACUGGGACCCAAUGAGAGACCCCUACAGGGGCCUGGACAUUCACAGGCGAGACCCUUUGGCCAGGGACCUGCUGCUGAGGAACGAUCCUCUGCACCGGUUGGCAGGGCCGCGCCUGUACGAGGCAGAGCGCUCCUACAGGGACCGCGAGCCUCAUGACUUUAAUCGCGACCACGCCCACCCCCUGGCCCUGGAGCAGAGGAGGGAACAGGAGCGCGCCCAAAUCCUGAACAAAACGCCACCCACCGCGUCUCUGAGUGCACCGCCCCCACUCAUUCCCACACUGGGCGCCCGGCCCGGCUCGCCCAGACGGACUACUCCCCUGGGCACAGAUAUCAGAGACAGAGCGGCUCACAAAGACAUCGAGGCGCGGUGAGCAGACGCGGUGGCCCUGCAGCCCCGUGCCUCACCAACACUGAACUCACAACCAAGCACUUAGCUUUGGCAAAGCAAGACUGUAACAUAGCUGUGAAUAAUUUAUGUGGGCACACAGAUGCCCAUGCAAUGAAUCGUUUUUGUAUAAAACUACAAAGAGACAAUAAUCAUGGAACAAAAAAAAGCUUUUUUUCAGAGAUUUUGUUUUCCCGUUUUGCUCCAGCUUUCCGUGUGCAUUCUUUCUCUUGUAUAGAAAAGUGAUGUGGAGUCAGAAUGAGCAGCUUUGGAUUGUACAGGUACUUUAGCACUGAGUGUGUAGAUAAUGUGUACAGUCGCUGUGCUCGCCCUGUACGGAUUCAAAUUCAUGGUACAAAUAUGCAAAAGAGUGUUUCGAAAGCUUUACUUUGACAGAUGUAAAUACAGGAGUAUGAUUCAGAAUGUGCUUUUUGCAAUUUCUUUUUCGUUUGGUUGACGCAGGUGAUUCGCAUUGUACCAGAUCCCCAGAUUCAACUAUGCAACAAAUGUCUCGGUUCCCUUUCUGAAAGCUGGCCUUCAACACUACUGACUGCGUGCCACUGUGUACCAUUCAAGGACUGUAUUCUCUCCACAACGCAGACUUGACAUUAACUUUGCGUCCGUGCUGACAGAUGCAGCUUUAACCGAUCCGCACAGGGUUUCAGAUUCUCAUUUAACAAAAACAAAAUGAUUUUUGUCUUAUAAUCUGUGGUGACAAUCCCAUUGAACUGAAUAUUAAAUUGUGAUGUAAAAAGCCAGCAGCACAAAUGUGUGGAUGGAUUUUUUUGUUGUCCUCUUAGUUAACACCAGUCUUGUUCUGGGGAGAAUGCAGCGCAUUAAACACCAUGACGGCACGUUAGCCCUAGCGGAGGAGUGUAAAGUACAUGUUUCUGUUGGUCAAACAGUGUAUUAAAGUGCUUUCCUAAGUUGUUGUACCUACAAAAUCAAAAUACAAAAAAAGCAAGUCUCAACCAUGGACGGUUUGUUUCUAACAAGCAGAGAUCUAUUUUAGUAGUCCACUGAAGGUUUAGUUGUGCGCUUCAAACUCUGUGAUAUCAUGUCGUGCAGUGUUUUUUAAUCCAACAUAAAAUUGUCCACCCGAGCCAUAGUGGUUAGUCGAUACGUAUCGCAAAAAGAUUGUUCAACGAGAAACCUUUUGCUGUUUACCGUGUACAGGGGAAAAAACGAAGUCUUUCUAGAUCGUGUACAAUGAGAAAAAAUGAAGCGACUGAAUCUUCAGCAUGCUCCUCAUUUAAACUUGUGUUAUGUAAAUUGUGCCAUGUUAUUAAAAAAUGUGUACUAA